AUGACAUUCCAAACAGAAGGAUUCAGGGACUGGAAAAAUGCUGUCGGUGAAAAACGGGGAAUAAUCUCGAACCACGAAAAGACACCAGGACAUAUGACAGCUUCGACUCUAGCAGAAAAUUUCCUCUCUGUAACAAAAGGACAAAUGGAAAACAUACAGUCAGUGAUCAGCAAGACAUAUUCUGACAAAGUUGAGAAAAAUCGUAAGACUUUGUUGUCAAUACUCGAUGUUGUUAUCAAUCUUGGGCAAAGAAAUGUUGCAUUCCGUGGCAACUGGAAAGGUGACAGUGAAGAUGGCAAUUUCAUUCACUUCAUUCAAUGGAAAUCUCAUUUUGAUGAUGUACUGAGCCAACACCUGGAGACUGCACCUGGCAAUGCAAAGUACUUGUCACCAAUUAUUCAGAAUGAGAUGAUUUCCUGUUGUGGUGAUGAAAUCAGAGAUUUUAUUGUUCGAAGAAUUCAGAAAUCAAAGUACUUCUCUGUAUUGGCUGAUGAGACAGCUGAUAUUAGUGGCACGGAGCAGUUGUCAAUCUGCAUUCGUUAUGUAUCUGAAUCUGAUAAUUUUGAGAUACACGAGGAUUUUCUUGGAUUCUGUCCACUUCUUAAGCAGGAUUCUGAAUCCAUCACAAAAGCCAUCAUUGAACAGUUAUCCAAAUGGGGGCUUCAUGUCUCUUUACUGCGUGGCCAAGGGUAUGAUGGUGCCAGCAACAUGAGUGGAAGGCUGAGUGGAGUUCAGAAGAGAAUCCAAGAGGUGGCUGUGUUUUUCUCAGCAGGCACCAGGAAACACAAGCUGCAAGACAUUUUGCAAGAACAGGGAAGUGAUGAUGGACCCAGAGGAAUCCCACUGAUGUCUGAUACUAGAUGGGGGUCCAGGAUAAAAACAGUGAGUGCCUUUAUAUCCAAGCUUGAGCCAACUCACAGUGCACUGCAAGAAAUUGAAAGUGACUGCACCCAUAACUCUGAAAAAGCCAGCAGGUUGCGCAACUCAAUUGAAUCCUUUGACACGAUCAUCACAUCAGUUGUAACCCAAAAUGUUCUGGGAUAUAUAUGGCCACUGACCCUUAAACUGCAGUCACCAAAUGUAGACCUUUCAAGUGCCUACAAAGAAGGAAGACAAGUGGCAGAAGUCAUUGAGAGCCUUCGCAAUGAUGAGGAAAGAUUCUGCAAAAUAUAUCAACAAGCAGUGCAGCUGGCAAACGCCAUUGAUGUUACACCUGUGAAGAAAAGAAUAGUGGUGAAACAGCAACACAGGGGCAAUGUACCUGCCCAAUCAAUUGCAGAGCAUUACAGGUUGAAUUUAUUCAUUCCCUUCAUCGAUCAUGUUACAAACGAAUUGAGAACCCGGCUUGCAGAGUCCACUGAACCAGCCCUGCUUGCAGCCUACUUAGUGCCCGAGGCUUUGCCACAGCUCAGUGAGGAAAGAGAGAACCGUCUGUUGGCAUGGUAUAAAGAGGACUUGCCUUAUCCUGACACUGCAGAGCAGGAAAUACACAGAUGGAAGCAUCAAUUCCAGAAUCACACUGGGCCUCUCCCUGCUACUGCAAUGGAAACAUUGCAGAAUGGAAUUUUGGAGUUUUACCCAAAUGUUAAGUGCAUGCUUUUGCUUUUCUUGACAUUGCCAGUCACCACUUGCUCAUGUGAAAGGUCUUUUUCUGCAUUACGUCGACUCAAAACAUGGCUUCGCUCUACCAUGGGUGAUGAGAGGCUAUCUAGUCUAGCUCUCAUGCAUGUCCACCAGAACAUUGAAAUUGACCCCCAUCGAGUGCUCCAGAGAUGGGAUGCUUCUGGCCACAGGAGAAUUGUUACUUGCUUUGACAAGAGUUAAUGAUGUGAACACUGGAUGGAUGGAUUGAUCUCCACCACAAGACAAGAGGCCAGAUUAUUCUCUCUCUUAUUCUCACACACAUAGACACAUAGACAACUACAGACACAUGCAUAUA